CAAAAAUCUUUUAAAAAAUGAUAAAAAUGAAAAAAUUUUCAAAAACUUUUAAUAAAUUAAUCAUAUCCUUUAAAAAACGUUCAAAUCAAAAGGAGAAACCUAUAAGAGAAGGAAUUGCACCAAUUUUACCAACGGAAUGUAUGCAAAAGAUUUUUAAUUAUAUUAAAGAUGAUAAUUCAUCUAAAUUAUAUUCAUCAUUAUUAGUAAAUAGAUAUUGGAGUAAAAAUGUCGUUCCAUUUUUAUGGGAUCGACCAUUUCAAUCGUGCUCAAAACAAAAUCGUUAUAAACUUAUAAAUACUUUAUUAAUGUUCUUUAGUUUAGAAGAAACAGGAUUAAUUAAUUCUAAAUUAAAAGCAUAUAAUAUUAUAAUUCCUACACAACCAAAUCCUAUAUUUAAUUAUACGGCCAUGAUACAUGAAAUUCAUUAUUUGGAAUUGGAGAAAUUUGUUUUAUCUUAUUUGAAGAAAAUCACUUUUAUAUCAGCCAAUGAAAUCCAUCAAAAAGUACAAGUUCUUUUUAUAACUGGUUCAUUAUUUCAAAUGUUUUUAAGACAAAGUAUAAACUUAAAAUCUCUUAUAAUUGAUAAAGAAAUUUAUACUAUGGAUUUACCUGAUAUUUCUAUUUUUACUGAAUCAAAUUCAAAUCUUUUAAAUCUUUCAAAACUUAAAAUUGAUUAUGAUAGUAAAAAAAUUCUUAACACGAUACAUUUAUUAAAUCAUAUUUCAGAAUUAUCUCAUAAUAUUAAAAUUUUAGAAUUGAAAUUUAAUAUCAAUGCUUAUAAUGAUGAAUUAUUACAAUCAAUUUCUAAAACUAUAAGAUCACAAAAAGAAUUGAGAGAAUUUAAUUUAUCAAAUGUUAAAUGUGCUGAGAUUGAAUCUGUGAUGAUGUCAUUACUUACUCAUGAUAACACAUUAACUUCGAUCACAUUGGCUUUCAUUAAAUUGGAUCAAACAUCGUUAGAUAUUCUUUUAAGUUUGAGCCAAUUAAAAAUAUUAAAAUUAUGUUAUUGUGAAGGUUUAGAUAAUUAUAAUUUAUCUAAUAAUAAUUUUAAUUUAAAUACUUUACAUUUAGUUGAAUUAUCUACUGAUUUGGAACAAAUUAUACAUCCUAUUUUACAAUCAACAGGAAAAUCUAUCAAACAAUUAGGUUUUAAUAUUGAAUAUAUGGAAAGUCUUGAUAUAGUUUUAAAUUAUUGUCCAAAUCUUGAUGAAAUAAUUUUAUAUUAUUUAUCUAACGAUAAUCAAAAUAAUAAAUUUGUUAAUAAAAUUAUUAAUAGAUUAGAAAAUUCUUGGAAAGAAGAAUUAUCAUUACUUCCUUUUCAUAACAAAGAAAUUUCAAUGAAAACCUUAAUUUAUCAUUAA